AUGGAGGGCUCCGUCGAACCAUUUCCCCUCCUCAACACCUCGGCCGACCCCGUUGUCGACACGACCGCCGCUCGCCGCCGCCGAAAGUCCAGCGCUCUCGGUCAAGACAUUCGCGCCGGUGACACGGGCGCUCCUGCCCUCGCCUCGUCCCGCCAGAGCCUCUCUGCUGUCGACCGCCCGAGCCCCAGCCCCAGCAUCAGCUCUGCUUCGUCCGCCAACAACACCGCCAUGACCUCCUCCUCACCCGCCGAGCCCUCGGCCCAGACGGCCGCCCGCCGCAUCUCCAAGCGCCGCCGCGCCCGGGGCCUCCUCGCCCGCGCCCGUCAGGCCAUGAUCAAGCGCACCUACCUGCUGCCCGCCGUCAUCCUGACCAUCUUUGGCUUUCUCUACGCCCUCAACCCUACCGAGUCCAACCCCGUCCACCGCUUCAUCUUCCUCUCCUACCGCCUCGACCACGGCUCCGGCCACCCGCUGGCCCCGACCGACCCCGACACCCCCGUCCAGUACGGCAAGGGCCCCCGCGACAUUGCCUUUGUCGCCUUUUACACCGUCGUCCUGUCCUUCACGCGCGAGUACAUCAUGCAGGAGCUCAUCCGACCCCUCGCCCGUCGCGCCGGCCUCCGCUCCCGCGCCAAGCAGGCCCGCUUCAUGGAGCAGAUGUACACGGCCAUCUACUUCUUUUUCCUCGGGCCCGCCGGCAUGUACGUCAUGAGCAGCACCCCCGUCUGGUACUACAACACGGCCGGCAUGUACGAGAACUUCCCCCACCGCACCCACGCCGCCGGCUUCAAGUUCUACUACCUCUUCCAGGCUGCCUACUGGGCCCAGCAGGCCAUUGUCCUGCUGCUCGGCAUGGAGAAGCCCCGCAAGGACUUCAAGGAGCUCGUCGGCCACCACAUUGUGUCCCUCGCCCUCAUCGCCCUCAGCUACCGUUUCCACUUCACCUACAUUGGUCUCGCCGUCUACAUCACCCACGACAUCAGCGAUCUCUUCCUCGCCACCUCCAAGCUCCUCAACUACAUCGACCACCCCCUGACCGGCCCAUACUUUGCCGUCUUCAUGUUCGUCUGGAUCUACCUGCGCCACUACAUCAACCUGCGCAUCAUCUGGUCUCUCCUCACCGAGUUUCAGACCAUCGGUCCCUUUGAGCUCAACUGGGCCACCGAGCAGUACAAGUGCCGUAUCUCCCAGGUCAUCACCCUCGGCCUGCUCUCCUUCCUCCAGGGCCUCAAUCUCUUCUGGCUCUUCUUCAUCGUUCGCAUUGCCUACCGCUUCCUGCGCGACAGCAAGGCCACCGACGACCGCAGCGAGGACGAGGACGAUGAGCUCGAGGAGCUUGACGAGGAUGAGAAGAAGAAGCUCGUCGAAGAUGACAAGAAGGCCAGGGCCGUGAACAAGGUCAGCGAGAAGACCGCCGCCAACGGCGCUUCGAGGUAA